GUUAGAGAAGAGAUGAGUCAGCUAAUGAACGAGGCAGAACGCAGACACCACAUUGCGACACGGUACCAGAAUGAGGCUUCGGAGAUGAGGUUGGGCAUCCUAGAGCAACAAGCGGAAAGAAGGCACCUAGAAGUGGUUGCUAAGCUUGAAAGAAACAUCUCCUCUAUUGAAGUCCGGGCCGCUGAUCGUGGCAAAUAUCUUGUAGCAGAGCUCCAGAGUUUGCAGGAACAAAACAUGGCAAUGCAGCGGGAUCAUGCGGCAAACAUCUCAAUAGCGGAAGCAAUCCAGGCCCAUAGGCUCCAAGUGACCUACACAAAUGAAAUGGCCGAGUUCGCUAGGACAAAUCAGGAAUUCCUUUCGGAAGAGUUCGCGCAAAACCUCACUAUAUUCCGUAAAGAAGUCCAACAACCGCUGAACCAGAAGGAGCACCCGGUCUCACCAAGGUAUGUCCACAUUCCUGAUGAAGUGACGUUGAAAGACAUUCUGCUACGUCAGAUUCGCAAAAGCGUUAGGAUGAAGUACGAUCUAGAGAUUCACGAUCGGGCCAAAGAGGAAACUAAGGAGCACACUUCUCAGUUCCUGGUACAGAGCAUCAAGGACCUCCUCACAAGGGAAAGGAUGCGGAAGAACAGGGAUCGCAUCGCCAAGUCACAUGGUGAGAAGUAUGGCGCCCCUGCUCCAGCUAAGCCUGAUUCCACACGCCCCCCUGUCGCGGGGAGGGCGAGGUAG